AGUCCAAUCUGUUUUGAAGUUAUUGAGGAGGCGCAUAUGACAAGAUGUGGACACAGUUUCUGCCGGAGAUGUAUAUUGCGAAGCCUGGAGACAAGCAACAGAUGUCCAAAGUGCAAUUUUGUUAUAGAGAAGACUGACCAAAUAUUUCCAAAUUUUGCCUUGAAUGAACUUAUUCUGAAGUACAGACAAAGAGUUGAAGAGAAAAGGUUAAAACUUGGCCCUCAGACUGGUGGUCCUACACCUGAUGUUCAAGAAUUUAUUCAAGACCAAGAGAAAUGGGAUCUAGCAGAAGUCAACCUCAUGUUAGAAGUACUAGUCAGCAAGAAAAGGAAGCUGGAGAUGGACAACCAGGUAGCCCAGAUCCAGAUCCUGAAAGAUUUUCUUGAUGAAGCCAGGAGAAAAAAGCUAGAACAAAUCAAUGAGCUUUCAGCACAAAUGUCAAUACUUGAAGAUGAUAUCAAGAGAAUAGAAGAGCGUAUGAAGAAACAGAGGCAUGCAUACAAUGCUAUGAUGUCGGCAUUUCCUUUGAAAGCAGUAAAUAGUAAUGAUAUAUUCCUACCAUCAACCAGUCAUUCAGAAACGUCAUCGAAGGUUGAAGGUGUGAAACCAGAUGGACCUCAGGAAGGCUUCAAUGGAAGCAAAAACGGUGGAAGACAACAGUGGUUAGAUUCAACAUUAGCAUCAAGAAGAAAAAAGCUGUACAAUCACUUUGAUGAUUUACAAUCUUGUUAUUUCUCUAUCAGGCAAUCAGAGUUAACUCCAUGUGAAUUAAGAUCGUCAGAUAUGUUAGAUCAGUUUUCUGAGAACCUUUCCAAGUUUACCAAGUUCAGUUCUAUGAGGCCGCUAGCCACACUAAGCUAUGCAGAUCCUUACAAUGGCCAGUCAAGUAUAGUCUCAAGCAUAGAGUUUGACAAGGAUAAUGACUUCUUUGCAAUAGCCGGUGUGACCAAGAAGAUUAAGGUGUUUGAAUAUGGUACAGUCAUCAUGGAUGCAGUUGAUAUACAUUACCCGGUCCAUGAGAUGGCAUGCAGUUCAAAAAUUAGUUGUGUAGCAUGGAGUGCAUAUCACAAAGGAGUUUUAGCAAGUAGUGACUAUGAAGGAACAGUAACACUAUGGGAUGCCUUUGCAGGAGUUAAAACACAAUCAUUUCAGGAGCAUGAGAAGCGAUGCUGGAGCAUAGACUUUAAUCGGAUGGAUCCUAAAUUACUUGCCUCAGGUUCGGAUGAUGCUAAAGUCAAACUCUGGUCAACCAAUCAGGAGCAAUCAAUCACUAGUUUAGAAGCUAAGGCUAAUGUGUGCUGUGUUAAGUUCAACCCCACCAAGAUGUAUGGUCUAGCCUUUGGAUCAGCAGAUCACUGUGUGCAUUAUUAUGAUCUUCGGCAUCCCAAGCAACCUCUCAAUGUCUUCAAAGGUCAUCGGAAAGCCGUCUCAUAUACAAAAUUUGUCAACUCAGAGGAAAUUGUAUCAGCGUCCACAGACAGUCAACUAAAACUUUGGAAUGUUGAUAAGCCACACUGUUUACGGACGUUCCGAGGUCACAUCAACGAGAAGAAUUUUGUUGGUUUAACGUCCAAUGAUGAUUACAUUGCGUGUGGCAGUGAGAAUAACUCUCUAUUUGUCUUUUAUAAAGGCCUUUCUAAGCAGAUUCUCACUUUCAAGUUUGACACAGUUAGAAGUCUAAUGGACAAAGAUAAGAAAGAAGAUGAUUCCAAUGAAUUUGUCAGUGCCGUAGCAUGGAGGACAGGUUCCAAUGUGUUAGUAGCAGCAAACAGCCAGGGGACAAUCAAGGUCUUAGAGUUAGUUUGAUGACGGCUCUUCAUCAUUCACACCAUUGCCUCAUUUCAAGAGAUAUAUUAUUCCACUUCAUUCAUCAACUCUCUGCAAUCUCUUUGUUUAUUUGUUAUUAUUGAUGAUAAUGAUAAUGAAAGGUCUUGGCUCUAUAAACUUCAUUAAGCCCUCAACAUCGAGUUAUAGUCCACUUUCUUCAUCAACUCUCCACUUUUCUGUUGUUUGUCCAAAGUAAUGAAAGAUGAUGGUUCUACAUACUUCAGUAAGUCCUAAACAUAAAGAUAUAGUCCACUACAUUAAUCAACUAUCUCCAUUUUGUUUACUUGUCAAACAUGAUAGAAACUUUGAAAGUUGACUCUACAUUCGUCACCCCCUAACAAUGACAUAUAGUACACUAUUUUUUGUUAACUUCCCCAGUUGUUUGUUUGUUCAAACUAAUGAAGAUACAUGUAUUCAAAGGUCUUUGUUCUUUACGUUCUAGCACCUCCUCAAGACCCCUCCGUUCAUCAUUUACAUUGCAGUUAACUCCUGGACCGCGCACUUCUACAAAAUAUGGUGACCGGGCUUUUUCUUCUAUUGCCCCUUCUCUUUGGAACAAGUUACCCUCUUACAUGCAUAGUGCCAAGUCCGUCAGUCAGUUUAAGGCCCUGCUCAAAACAUACCUUUUCAAUCAAUGAAUCCCAGUUGUGGGUCGGUCAUUGGAGGUGCACACCAGUUUUAAUCUGUUAGUAUUUUUUUUUUCUUUUUUCAUGAUUUUUUUUUUGUCACACCUUGUGUUAAUAUGCCCAUUUAAUUUUUUUUUUCCCCCAUGUAAAGUUAAAUUCAGAACACAGUGCGCUUAGAAACGCCCGUAUUAAGCGCCCUAUAAAUGUUUUGUAUUAUUAUUUAUUAUACUUCUUUAAACCCUCAAUAUCGAGAUAUAGUCCACUACAUUGUUCAGCUCUCCUAUAAUAUUAAUAUCAUUCCUAUAAUAUAAAUAUCAUUAUCUUGAUGAUAUUGAGAGGACAUUGCUUGACGUUCUUUUUUACACCCUUAAUAUUGAAAUAUAGUCCGCUACAGUUUGGACUCUCAUAUUCUGUCUGUUUAACGAAAGUAAUGAUAUUGGAAGCGUGUUUAAAGGGUAUUUGUCAUUUAAUGCAAAACUGUUAUGGAAACAAGUAUUGUUAGUAAUCUGGUUAGCUCCUUUACAAUAUCACAUUUGCUUUGGCAACAAUUGUUCCAAUAAAUAGACACACACAGUAAAGUCAAACUUAAAAUCUUAGAAUAACAGUAAGUCUUCUUUUGCAUUCUGAACAAGAACCAUGUCACAAUGCCUAACCUUAUGACAAAUGAGAAUUUAAGAGGAGUGAUAGUUGCAGAAGUAUAUAUAUGCCAGGCGUCCAGUUCUUUGUCCUUUCAAUUAUCACAGAUUAUUCAAAAUAAGAAUUCAUAUCUGGAAACAAGAAUUUGACUGAUUUUAUUAUCUCCAUCACGUCAAGGUCCAUUCAAUACCGAGUACCAACACGUUUUUGUUCUGGGCCCUGUCUUUCAAAGAGUUGCGAUUGAUCCGAUCAAACACAGCUAUGGAAAGCCAGCAAUGUCAACAUAUUGUUCAAAAUAUUUUCUAGACGUGCUGUUUAUUCAUGCAUUCACUGCUUUCUUGAAAAGUGAGGGUGCUUCUCUUUGUUUACAAAGGACAUUGCGCAAAAUUCCUGUAGAAGAAAAAUAAUAUGACACUGAUGGAUUUGAGGUUGAUCGGAUCAAUCGUAACUCUUUGUAAGACAGGGCCGUGGUUAUAGAAAGAAAAUAAAUUCAUAAACAGUCAGGUAAUGCUUACUUAUCAUUAGAAAAAUGUACCAAAGAUUUUUUUUUUUCCGAAACAAUGACAGUAAUAUUUUAAUGCAGAGAUUGAAACAUGCACAUUAUAAACAGUUUGUGCCACAUCUUUUAGGGGGAAUCCUGCUCUAUAGAUGCCAAGUGUCUUUCGUAGUGGCAUUCCACAUUGGUUUGUGAGGAUUGGUGAUUGAAAGAUGCUUGCAGAAUUCCUGCACGGCCGUGAUCUGGCAGAACUACGUAUCUCCUUUUAUGCGAUUCCGAGAUAUUCAAGCUUAAAAAUUCAAAAUUGCUUCUUUAGCUUUCUUUGAAAAAAUGGAGAAUGAUGUAUCGGACUUUUUUGUUUUCCUUUGUCCUGUGGAACAUUUAUAAGGAAUUGGGACCCAAAAAAAUUUGAUUUCCUCAUUAGAUCUUGUAAUUUUCUUCAAUUUUUGUCUCACCUGCAUAGCAGAGUGAGACUAUAGGCGCCGCUUUUCCGACGGCGACGGCGUCAACACCAAAUCUUAACCGAAGGUUAAGUUUUUGAAAUGACAGCAUAACUUAGAAAGUAUAUGGACCUAGUUCAUGAAACUUGGCCAUAAGGUUAAUCAAGUAUUACUGAACAUCCUGCCUGAGUUUCAUGUCACAUGACCAAGGUCAAAGGUCAUUUAGGGUCAAUGAACUUAGACCAUGUUGGGGGAAUCAACAUCAAAAUCUUAACCUAAGGUUAAGUUUUUGAAAUGUCAUCAUAACUUAGAAAAUAUAUGGACCUAGUUCAUGAAACUUGGACAUAAGGUUAAUCAAGUAUCACUGAACAUCCUGCAUGAUUUUCACAUCACAUGACCAAGGUCAAAGGUCAUUUAGGGUCAAUGAACUUUGGCCGAAUUGGGGGUAUCUGUUGAAUUACCAUCAUAACUUUGAAAGUUUAUGGAUCUGAUUCAUGAAACUUGGACAUAAUAGUAAUCAAGUAUCACUGAACAUCCUGUGCGCAUUUUAGGUCACAUGACCAAGGUCAAAGGUCAAUGAACUUUGGCCAUAAUGGGGGUAUAUGUUGAAUUACCAUCAUUACUUUGAAAGUUUAUGGAUCAGACUCGUGAAACUUGGACAUAAGAGUAAUCAAGUAUCACUGAACAUCCUGUGCGAGUUUCAGGUCACAUGAUCAAGGUCAAAGGUCAUGUAAGGUCAAUGAACUUUGGUCACCUUGGGGGUAUUUGUUGAAUUACCAUUAUAUCUCUGUAAGUGUAUUGGUCUAGUUCAUAAAACGUGGACAUAAGAGUAACCAAGUAUCACUGAACAUCUUGUGCGAGUUAUAGUAGUUUUCAAAGUCAGCACUGCUGCUAUAUUGAAUCGCGUGAUGCAGGUGAGACCGCCAGAGGCAUUCCACUUGUUAAAACUUACGAGCUUUUACCUGAUUAAAUUGACGACUACACUCCUAGCUUUUUAUCAGGCAAAACUACGUAUGUCCUGCGCAUUGCAAAGUUUUAUCAGGCAAAACUACGUAUGUCCUCGCGCAUUGCAAAGUUUUAUCGGGCAAAACUACGUACAAUGGAUCGUAUUACCAGGAAGUCCCUGGUAUUAGCAAACACUUGUGAAUUCAAUAUCAAACAAAAUUUUCUAAUAAAAUUCAUCAAACUUUCACCAAAAUACACAAAUACCUACAAAAUAUAAACAUGUAAAAAAAAGUUGCAAAAAUUGCCGAAUUUGUUUGUCUUUUUUUUUACAAUGUCAGCUUCCAAUCGCACUCCCUUCGCAUAUGAAAUAAUUUGGUCACUUGAAAAUGAUAUCGUAUUACCGCACGCAUAAUUCAUUUGGAAAAAUUGAGACUGAAACAACAAAAUCAGUGAUUCAGUCUAUCAGUAGAUUCUAGAUCUACCAUGUUAUAGAUCUAGAUCUAACAGUAAAAUUAUAGCUAAGAUGGAUCUCUAUCAUGUCGUUUUUUAUAAAGACUUUGUGUAAAGUUAAGUUAACUUGUAAUGUUUUAGAAAGUCAAAAGGGGCCUAAGCUUUCGAUCCUAGCAGAAUCUUCGUCGGAGGCAAAAUGACAAACAUGUAUGUUUUAGAUCGCUUAUUCUAAAAGUUAAUUCUUAACGUACUGUGUCAGGUCAGUGUUUCUAGUCAGACUUAUAUAGUCUUGACGCUAACCAAUUUUUAGCAAAAGUUUCCCUUUGGAAGAUAUGGCACAAUGGCAACUAAUUCUACUUACAGUGUAGAUCUAGAGUAUAGAUUUAACUCAAAAGUAAGAUAAAAAUUCAUAUGCAUAGAUCUAUAGGAAAAUAGUUUAUAAACCCUUACUUACUCUAGGCCUACCUUAAAGUUUAGAGAUGAUGAUCUGGCGGUGUUAGACCUCUAACGUAUAAUCUAACGUAGAUCUAGUCUUUGAUAAAGUCUCAUGUUUAUCAUCUGAACAAUAAAGUAUACUAAAUAGUCUAGCUUACCUUGUUUCAGUUCGGAAAUUUUGAUUUUCUCUAAAGCUAAAUUCAAAAUCCGUUUCCCUCUCCAGUCUCUCGAAUUUGAAGCCAUGGCACUACAGUGACUGUGAGAAGUUUAAAUGGCGGUUCCUUAUUGCGCUAAGCAACAUUAGCUAACUGCACGUGAUGCGGUUCUCCCGACCGUUACAAUGCAGAAAUGUGGGAGAUACGUAGUUUUGCCUGAUUAAUCAACUUCUACUUUCGAAGAUAUUGUUCUAAUAAAACUACGUAAGUAGACUUACGUAGUUUUGCCUUUUUAUUUUCGUCAAAAAUUGAAAAACUACUUUUGUAAGUCGACUUACGUAGUUCUGCCUUUUAAAUCUUCUGAUUAUUGAGACAAUUUUACAAAAACUGGUUUUCGGAUCUCAAAAAACGGUUAGAGUUAGAACUUGAAAUUUUGCCAGAUGAAUGAGCACAUUCAAAACUAUAAGAAACUCCAAGAAACAGAAAAACACCAAAAAAUCACUUACACGGUUUUGCCAGAUCACGGCCGUGCAGGAAAGACAUGGCUCUCACUUUUAGUAAGGUACCUGUAUGACAAGGCAUUGAUGCUCUAUCACUUGUUCUGGAAUGCUGAAAAGUUUGUGAACCCCACCACAAAAUGCACUCCUUCAUGCUGAGUGUUGAAUGUUGACAACUCUAUAAUUUCCAGCGAGCCCAGAGAAACAAACUAAAUUGAAUGUAAUAUUUUAUCACCCGACUUCACAAUUAAGUAUCUAAAACAUGGCUGAACUUGAAUACUUUAAAUAUUUUCAUUUUCUGGUGGGGUUCAUUAACUUUUGAGCACCACUGUGGGUAGUACAGAUAUCUAAUCCCAUGAUGAUUCCAUCCCAACCACUUCUUCUUUACUAGUGUUGAUUUACCCAAAGUAAUGCAGGACUACAAGUGAACAUUGCAAAAGGUCGGUCUUUCAUGCAUAGGCAAUUCCAUAUGAGAAAAAAUAUAAAUUCACUUCAUAUUUUUGAUAGACAAUCAGAUGGAUAGUUCUUAAUACAAGAUCCUUAUGAUAAUUGAAGGAAAUUUAUGCAAAGAGGAAUAUUGUUGUGAUAGUCUGUAUUUGGUGCAAUGCUUGUUUGAUUUAAUAAAACAUUUGUUCUGUGAAUGGCUCAAUUAUUUUUGUUCAAUACCAGAAUAUAACUGUGAGUAGGAAUAUGCUGAAUUGAAAGUAUUAAGGUGAUUAAAUAGACACAUUUUCAUGUUGUCAAAUGUGAAAUAGAUGGCUAGGUACAGAACAGGCACACAAAUUUUGAAAAUGAUAGUAAAGGAAUGACAUCGCCCAUGUGGAAUUGUUCAUAUGCAGUAAAGGACUCACAUAAUGUGAUUUUAUCUUAGCAAUUCGGUUAAAUGUCGGUUCAGGAUCCUAUUUUGGGGCAAGCAAAUUCCAGAUAUAUCCAUGUGCUUAUUCAGUAAGGAAGUAUUUUGGAAUUGUUAGGGACAAAUGAAUUAAAGGGUCAAAUCUUCAAAGCAUUUUUCUAAUGUAAAUGUAGUUUAUUUCUUCUUAGCUAGUAAUGUUGUCUUGCAUCAAGGGCAAGAGGUAGAUAUAUUAAUUUAUGUGUAUUCUUAAAAGAUUUAAAACUUCUUUAUGUGUUUAAUGUGUGUCCAUUAAUUACUGCAGUGCUCAUCAGCUAUGGAAAUUUAACAGUAUUUCAAUUUUCUGUCAGUUUGAUUCAGUUAGGACAAAGCUGAAUUCAGAGCUUACUAAUCUAUUUCCAGCCCCUUGAUUGUGUACAUUGUAUAUGGCUUUGAAAUUGGCUGGUAGAAAAAAGUCAUAAUUUUUCCCUUUUUAACAGUUGCAAAGCUCACACAUGCACUAUCAAUAAAGAAUAACAGAAAAUUGAAUCAUUGUUGAUUCACCUGGAUCUUGUUACUUUACAAUAACCCAAAAUGCCGGGGCCAUUGGCCAGUUGACAUUGGCACUACAACAUAGUAUUUAGCUUUUGCGAUUAUUUUUUUUUGGGGGGGUUAUUGAUAUUUCAAUUUCACUUUAGUUAGCCAAGUUCAGACAAAUUUCUUGCUGAUAAGCCUUGCAAUGUCACAAUAAUAAUAUGGAUUUAUAAGUAAGAAAAGAAAUCACAUCAAAUGUGGUCUUUCAUCAUUCUGUAUUGUGCAUUACUGAAAUAUGACACCCCUCCCAACCCAAAUCCAUGCCAAUGAAGGCAUCCAAUAAUGAAAUAAGAGGUGGAUUGAAAUAAGAUAAAAAUAUAUUUAGCCAAAUGGCAAGUAUUGUCCAAAGUAUAAAAACUAUGGGGAAAACCU